CGGAUCUACUGCGAUUCCUGUCUAAGCCUGCGAAGUGAGUACUGCCCUUCUUCUGAGAGGUAUGGUGAAUAGCGACAGUGCUAACAUCGUCAGGCCCAGAUAACACGACCCACGUUCACCGUCCUCGUUAUCCACGCAUUUUUCUCUUUCUCCAUCCCUUUUCCACAUUUUAUAAACAGCAAAUCCUCGUCUAGACCCGAUACUCCACCGGUAUCGGCCUCUGUCAGAGCGAGGGUUCGAUUCCGAUCAGCCACCAUUCCAUUGUCCAAAGGCUUUUUCCUCUCCCUCUGCUUCCGCCCUCCCUAGCAGCCUUUCCGGGGCAUUGAUACCUUCUUCUUCCAUUUUGUCUGGCCGUGUGCCAGUCGCUUUAGCUUUUCGUUAAAGGGCCUUCUCUCUCAGACGGACAUUCCCCCCCUUUUGUUCGUCUGGGUAGCAGAUAGUGCUUCCUAGACAGUCGAGUUCGACCAACAAUCCAAGAACAAGUGAGAGUUGUCGAGAUGGGCUACAUUAGUAUUCCCAAGAAUUACACGGCUUCGCCGUCGUCAUUUAUGGGGACACCGGCGUUGACGAUUAAUCAUGAGGCGACUCAGGGUCUUGACUCGUCUAAUGCUUUUGAGGGACCCGAGAAACUUCUUGAAGUGUGGUUCGCCCCCUCUGCCAAUCAGUUGGGCUCUGCGAUGCCUGCCGGCUUGAAGGCCGUGCCCGAAGAAAUCUGGAAGGACAUGUUGGAUCUGGUCAACUGCCAAGUUCUGUCCAUUGUCGCGUCCGAUGAUGUCGACGCCUACCUGUUGUCCGAGUCCAGCAUGUUCGUCUGGCCGCACAAGUUGAUUCUCAAGACGUGUGGUACCACCACACUGCUGUCGGGCUUGCCGCGCAUUCUCGAAAUUGCUGCCGUUUUUGCCGGUUUCCCCAAGGCCGCUGCAUCGCGUGGACUUGGCGUCGCUGCAGCUCCGUACCGUGUGUUCUACAGUCGCAAAAACUUCCUCUUCCCUGACCGUCAGCGCGGCCCGCACCGUAGCUGGAGAGACGAGGUUCGCACCAUGGACAGGCUGUUCUUGAACGGUAGCGCGUACAUGAUUGGCAAGAUGAACGGCGACCACUGGUACUUAUACCUGACGGAGCCGCACACUUUGCUCACGCCGCCUGGCAGUCCCAAGCUGGACGAGAACUUCCCGGAAACCGAGACCAAGGUGCUCAACGUUCCUGAGAUUGCCGCUGUUCCUGGUGCGGCUGAUGAACACGAUGAGACGCUCGAGGUUCUCAUGACCGAUCUGGACGAGCAGAACGCCAAGCAGUUCUACCUCGACCACGCGACUUCUGUGGCAGAGAAGCGUUACCGCAACUUUGAUCGCGAGAAUGGCAGCGAGCACGUCGAUGUCUUCAGCAACACGUCCUCGGACAUGAGCGACAUCGACUCGGAGGGCAGCCAAAUUCUGCCCCCCGAGCUGACGACCGAAGGCCACGCCCUGGGCACAGUAGUCACCGAGUCCUCCGGUCUAUCAGACGUAUACCCGAAGGAGAAAUUUCCGGAAUCGCGCAUCGACGCUUACCUCUUCACCCCGUGUGGAUUCUCCGCGAAUGGCGUGAUCCCGUCCCCCGAUCGCAAGACAGGCACGCACUACUUCACCGUGCAUGUCACCCCGGAGCCGCACUGCUCCUACGCGUCCUUCGAAACCAACGUUCCGCAUUCACAAAACGGCCAAACAACCGCCGACAUCAUCCAGCAAGUCGUCGACAUCUUCCAACCAGGCCGCUUCAGCGUGACUCUCUUCGAAGCCAAACCCAUAGCCGUCGUCGAGGGCGACGCUGACGCCAAGGACGUCAAGUACAUCGAGCGCCACGCUGCGCGCCGCACGCCGAAGACCGAACAGGUCGCGGGAUACAGACGGGUAGACCGCAUCGUGCAUGAUCUGGAAGGGUAUGAUUUGGUUUUCCGGUACUACGAACGCAAUGACUGGAAAGGGGGGGCCCCGCGACUUGGAGAGGAGGGGUUCUGAGAUCUGUGCAAUAUGGUUUUUGUACAUAGUGUGCAGUAAAUCUCGCUGGUUUGCGUGUAGUAUUCAGUAUCUGGGAUUGAGGGAGGUCGUCUAUAUGCGAGUUGUUAUGUGUAUUGUUUGCGGAUUGAGCAUUUAUUUCGGGUUCUGCAUUAGCUGUAGCGUAAUUAUGCAUAUGUUUACAUCAGCUUCAUCC